AUGUCUACGUUCGAGAAUUUGGAGAAAGUGAGAAGCUCGCUAGAAAGUUUCGAUCGAUACGUCGCGGAGAGACGACUCGAAGAAUUGUAUCUUUUGGUCAAAGAUUGGAAGGAGGAAGAGUUUCCUAAUCUCCGGGAAAUUUGUCCGGAAAGAAUCGAGCGCCUCAUCACAGAUCUAAUAGACCACAUGGACAAUUGCCCGAUCGGCGACGAACGGGACAUAAUCGGCCGAGAAUUAAUCGACUUCGUUGCGCGCACUGGCUAUACCGAUGAGCGAGCACCACCUCAACCCUCGUCGUCGUCGUCGUCGUCUAAGCGCACUACACCUUUGCAUCGUGCUUAUCGGGCAAACUUCAUAGACGCGAGGAGCUGGUCGAGCGUGCCCCGCAAUCUUUUCAUCAUCUACAACAGAGUCGACGUGAAUUAUACCGACGAGUCCGGCCUAACGCACUUUCACGCGGCCUGCAAGUACAGCAACUGCUUGGAAAUCGUGCGGAGAUUCCUCCAUCACGGGGUCGAUUCAAAUUUACUUUGGCGGGAGACGCUCGACUCGCCGCUUCAUAUCGCCGUGAGAUACGGAAACGACGAGGCGAUGGAGUUGCUGUUGAACAACAACGCCGAUCCAAACUGGGCUAAUGCUAGGCAAUGCAGACCUCUGCACGAACUCUGCGCGAGGAAUUACCCCGCGGGCAGGCACGUGGCAAGUCUAUUCGAUCUUGGCGUACGAUACGAUCGGCCGUUGGACGUGGAUCCGCGAGAUGGCUCUGGCAAUACGCCUUUACACUUGGCAAUCAGAAUUUCUGCCGCCAGCGGAACCUUCAACGAUACGGCUGCCGAAAUCCUGCUUCGAAACGGCGCCGACCCAAAUUUAAGCGAUAAAACCGGCUGCACAGCGUUGCAUUACGUGAGUACCGGACGACGUUCUUUAGAGUUGGCGAAUUCGUUGAUUCGGUGGAGCAGAGCAGACCAUCUGCCAUUGCGGCUAAACGCUCGUGACAGCUCGGGUGACACACCAUUGCUCAGCGCGCUCAAACACAAUCGCAACGACCUGGCCAGGUUUUUGCUGCUCAACGGUGCCGAUCCCGACGUGGCCAACGAUAAAAGAGAGAUCGCUUUGCACAUCGUUUGCCGUCGGAAAAAUAUCGAAUCAAGGACGGCAAUGAUGGUGUUGCUGAUGACCAGACCGCAACUGGUCAACUCCCCGGAUAACGUGGGCAACACGCCGCUACACUUGGCUCUUAUGCCUCGAGGGAACAGAACCAUGAUCAGAGGGCUGUUGUUAAAAGGCGCCGAUGCAAAUUUGGCCAAUCGAAUGGAAUUGACACCGUUGAACAUUUGUGUCAGAGGCGAGGACGAGGCUUUGGCGGAGGUGUUUUUGUGGAUUGUGGAAAAUUCGAACCAGCCGCUCGACAACGCCGGCCCCGACGCCUCUGGUCGGACCCCGCUCCAACGCACCGUCGAGCAGUUUUUGCUGGCGGACAAUAAAAGGAAUAAGAAUUUGAUAGCCAAAUUCAGACUUCUGACCGGUAUUUUGGUCGUGGCCGAAAACGUCGAGGGGAGAAUCAACCGACCACUGGUCCAAAGCGAGCUCACGACGAUCGCGAACUCGUUGAAGAAGUUCAAGCUGUUCCAGAAACCGAUGGCGAACGAGGCAGCGAGACGCUGGUACGACGACGAUAGUUUCACCAGCGUAGCGAAGGAGAUAAGGAUAAUCGAGGAUCUGUCGCUCGACGAAUUGGUUCGUAUGGAAGACGACGAGGGCCGGCUCGAAUACCGCGAUUAUUUCGCGUUCGCGCACUCGAAAAAGAUCGAUCUGCUGUGCGAAGAGCACCGAGAUCCCUGCGUUUUGCAGCUGUGCGAGACGAUGCUGAAAGGAUUUUUUCGACAAUGGGCGCUGUGCCCGUUACAGAAGUUGAUACAUUAUCGACUGCCAAUUGAAUUGUGCGAGAUGAUCGUUCGGCACUUGCCGAACGAAUCUUUGUAUGAUAUUGUUUUGGCUGCAGACCAACAUUUAUGGUGA